UUGCCCUGUGCUAAAUCGCGCAGGGCAAGGGCUCUUAACACACUGCCGGGCGGAAACAGUACAGCUAGGGCAGCGCUAAAUCCCGCCCAUCAGUGUCGGUGAAAGCCGGUACGUCACCGUACCUCCAAAAAAUUCCUUUGCCCUGCGCGAUUAAGCGCAGGGCAAAGAAGAGCAUCGGAGCAUGAACUGUUCCGAUGCUCAUGUCAGGGGGGCUGCCGGGGUGAAAAUGGAUGCAUGUCCGGGUUCAGCUCUGAACCGGGACAACCUCUUUAAGGGGACACUGAACUUCCUUCAGUGAAUAGCAUCUUUCUACCGUACUGCGUAUCCACCUGGCCAGAGUGGCCUUUUUCGCUGUUACCCUUAUUUGGACCGUGAUGUAUGAACAGAUUCUCCACUGAUCUAAACCGUUUCGUCCUCUCUAGAUAACACAAGGCAGUCCUCCUUACAUCUAACAGAUGAAGUGAUAACUGUUCUUCUCCAACAGGAUCUGGACAUAGCACAGGUAAAAUUAGGUCAACCAUAACAUGGUGUCCAAUCAAGUCAUCCAAGCUGCCAUAGAUCUUACUGCGGGAGCUGCAGGUGGGACAGCAUGCGUUCUGACCGGACAGCCAUUUGACACCGCCAAGGUGAAAAUGCAGACGUUCCCUAAUCUGUACAGGGGCCUUACAGACUGUGCAGUGAAGACGUACAGACAAGUGGGGUUCAGGGGCUUCUACAAGGGGACCAGUCCGGCUCUUCUUGCCAAUAUAGCUGAAAACUCUGUGCUAUUUAUGAGCUACGGUUUCUGUCAGAGAAUUGUGAGGCGGAUUGUUGGUUUGGAGAACAAUGCAGCACUAAGUGAUCUCCAGAAUGCAGCAGCAGGGUCAUUUGCCAGCGUUUUUGCUGCUCUAGUUCUGUGCCCGACAGAGCUGGUGAAAUGUCGUCUCCAGGCCAUGCAUGAGCUGCAGGUGUCAGGCAGGAUAACACAUGGACAAAAUACAGUGUGGGCCGUGGUGAAAGGCAUUGUACAGCGUGAAGGUCCUCUGGGCUUCUAUCAAGGUCUGACAAGCACAAUCUGCAGAGAAAUACCAGGAUAUUUCUUGUUCUUUGGUGGAUAUGAGUUGAGCAGAACUUUUUUUGCCUCAGGUGGAAAGUCAAAGGAUGAGCUUGGUCCCGUUGCCCUGAUGAUAAGUGGCGGAUGUGGAGGGAUUGCCCUUUGGCUUGCUGUCUACCCAGUGGACUGUAUCAAAUCUAGGAUUCAGGUUCUUUCGAUUACAGGGAAGCAAGCUGGUUUCAUGGGAACAUGCUCAAGCAUUGUGAAAAAUGAAGGCAUAUUGGCAUUGUAUUCGGGGCUGAAGCCCACUCUGAUUCGCGCAUUCCCGGCCAAUGGUGCUUUGUUCCUGGCCUAUGAGUACAGCAGGAAGCUGAUGAUGCGGCAGGCGGACUCGCUCUGAUCUUCAGAUCACCUUGUCAGCAGAGCUUCUCAGCACCUCAGGGCUAAGUGUACACAAUGAACAUCUUUCUUGAAGUUGUCACUCAUGUGACACAUGGCGGCCGGCGCCGGAUAACCACUGGUAUCUGCUGUCAUUAUUUAGCAAACAAUAUUCUGUUUCUGGUUGUGCCGGUCAUAUAGUCACGGUAUGACACUGACCAGUGAAGCUAAACUGUAUACUGGGAGCCCAAGUGGUUACAUAUCAUUGAUUGGAAGCCUCAGCUGCUGCCAUUGUCACCUUCCCCAAAAAAAGUGGACCAUUAUUUCUGGGUUAAUCCAACAUUUGUGUGCCAUGAUUUUAGAAGAAUGAUGUUAUGGGAAGAAUAGGAUGAUCUUUAUAAGGCCUCCUGCAUGCGAACGUGUGCUGCGGACCGCAAAUUGCGGUCCGCAAUGGAUGAGCACCGACCGUGGGGCAGCCGCAUGCGGAUCGCAGAACCAUUCACUUGAAUGGGGUCCGCAAU